UUAAAUCAACCGCUAGAUCCGGAUGAUGAUCGCAAAUAUUGCUAUAUAAAAGCGAUGACCAGUACUCAGUCGCCAGUCUUCUACCGCAAUGCCCUUAUCAAUAGGAUUAUCAAUGUUUGUAUGUUACGCGGAAUGAAAGAGAAAAUGCGAGAUAUUGUUCUUGAAGCCCUCGAAAUAAUGAAGAGGCGGCAGUACAAGCUGUGGCGCAGUGCAAGCGAUGAGGAGAAAAGCGGUAUCGAACUCGAUCCUGUUGUGAUCACCCAGAAAGCAAUCAAAAAUUGCUGCCCAAUAAUGAUUUUACGCCCAUUCGUUCGUGCAAUAAAAACAAUGCGUGAUAUUUGCCGGAAAAAAACCUUCCACGGAGCAACACAUUUCCAGCAUAUUUUAGCCGAGGAACUGUUGGCCGCCUACAGAAAUGAAGGCCUAACUGUACAGGCCAAGCAGGAGCUGCAUAAGCAGUGCGAAGCGAACAGAGCUUACGUUCAUUACAGGAGGCAGUAG